UACGUAAUUGCCAAACCCCGUGUAUCACGUGAUUAAAACCCCAGUUUAACAGGAAGAUCGAGACGUGGUGGAUGCUGCACGACAAGAAAGUGUAGACAACAAAACAGAUUAACAGACCAACGUGGUCUUAAAGGAUUUGCUUUCUCGGCAGGAUUAGAUAAGUAUGUCUGGGAGAGGUAGAGCAAGAGCACGAGGAAGAGCACGGGGGGCCUCGGAGGACCAAGCCCGGCGCCCAGGGGAGCAGCCUGCCCCCCAGCAACAGCCCCCACAGCCUUCUUCUGCCCCUGCCCCCGCACCGGCUGGUGGACCCCCAGCAGCCAGUGGAAGAGCCUCCUACAGGGGUGGUGCCAAGGAACCACGCCCAGGGAUUGCCAGCGGGAGCGGUGAUGUGCCUGCUGAUGCACUCUCCAAGAUGUCCAUAGGAACCAAGGACGCAGGGGAGAGAAGGGACCGACUGUUCUAUAGUGACCCAGAGUGUAAGCCAGCAUGGCUGUCAGACAAACGAGGAACUUCCGGCCGUGCUUUGCCGGUGGUAACCAACUACUUCAAGUUGGAAAUGACACCCGACUGGCACCUCUACCAAUAUGAUGUGAAGUUCAACCCACCCAUUGACUCCAGGAAAAUGAGGAUGGCACUGCUGAUGACACAUGAGAAUUUACUGGGCCGAACAAAAGCGUUCGAUGGCAUGAUUCUGUAUCUGCCUCAUCGUCUCCAGGAACAGGUGACUGAGGUGUUCAGUGUGAGGAAGACGGACGACGUACAGAUCCGGAUCACAAUAACGUUAACCAAUGAACUGCCUCCUUCCUCCCCCCAAGUCAUGCAGGUGUACAAUAUCAUCUUCAGAAGGGUGCUGGCAAUGAUUGAGAUGAAGCAGAUUGGUCGUAAUUACUUCAACCCUGCCUUGUCUGUGGACAUUCCCCAGCACAAACUAACGGUGAUGCCCGGGUUUGUGACGGCCAUCGCCCGCUAUGAGACAGACACCCUGCUAUGUGCGGACAUCAGCCACAAGAUCAUCCGUUCGGACACACUGCUGGACCUGAUGUACGAACUGUACCAACAAGCCCGGGGGGACUCUUUCUAUGACGACUGCGUCAGGAAGUUUGUCGGCUCCAUUGUCCUGACCAGAUACAACAACAAGACGUACCGAGUAGAUGACUUUGAUUGGGACAAGAGACCCGAUCAUUCCUUCAAACUCAGGAACGACACCACCAUUACCAUCGCUGAGUAUUAUAAAAAGAGCUACAAUAUAGAGGUGAAAGACAUGAACCAGCCAUUGGUUGUAUCUCGACCCAAAAAGAAGGAUAUUAGAAUGGGGCGUACGGAGCCGAUUUUCCUCCUCCCAGAACUCUGUACCGUGACAGGUUUGUCGGAUGAAGCCAGAGCUGACUUUGGCGUGAUGAAAGAUGUCGGUGCUCACACUCGAGUCCCCCCUGAGGGCAGGAACAGGACUCUACAGGGCUUCAUCAACCAAAUUAACCAGAAUGAAAAAGUGAAAGCAGAAAUGCAGGGCUGGGGACUAGCAUUCUCUCAGACUCUGAUGACACUGAAUGCUAGAGUUGCGCCCCAGGAGAAUAUAUAUCAAAAAAACAAUGCCCAGCUGAGUUACCGACAGGAGGAUGCAGACUGGAGCAGAGACAUGAGGGGUAAACAGCUGAUCACGCCGGUCAACCUGGAGAACUGGGUCAUUGUCUUCACUCGCAGGAACAGUGCCCAGGCCCAAGAUCUGGUCCAGACCCUGAGCAGAGUGGGGCCACCCAUGGGGAUGCGUAUCAAUUCCCCCACGAUAUGUGAACUUCAAGACGACCGCAACGAUUCCUACAUCACUGCUCUGAAGCAGUAUGUCACCCCUCAAACCCAGCUAGCCUUGACCAUCCUCCCAACAAACAGGAAAGAUCGAUACGAUGCAAUCAAGAAGUUCUGUUGUGUGGAUCACCCAGUUCCUAGCCAGUGUGUUGUCCAGAGAACUCUGUCAAAGAAGCAGAUGUUGAUGUCGGUGGCCACGAAGAUCGCCAUUCAGCUCAACUGUAAGCUCGGGGGAGAGGUCUGGUGCCUGGACAUUCCAUUGAAAAAUGUGAUGGUGGUAGGUAUAGAUACUUACCAUGACUCGGCCAAAAAGGGACGAUCAGUCGGCGGAGUUAUCUGCUCCACCAAUAAUUUACUGACUCGUUACUACUCGCGCACUACAUUCCAACACACUGGUGAGGAGUUGGUCAACGGAAUAGUCACAUCAAUGAGAGGGGCCCUGGAGAAGUACCAUGAGGUGAAUGGUGUUUUGCCGGAGAGGAUCAUCGUGUUCCGUGACGGUGUCGGUGAUGGUCAGCUGCGAGCAGUGUUUGAACACGAAGUCCCUCAGCUCAACGAAUGCUUCAAGAGGAGCGGAGGCCAAGACUACAAUCCAAAGGUCGCUAUAGUAGUUGUGAAGAAGAGGAUCAACACCCGAUUCUUUGCCAGGAGCGGCCCCUCCCUAAACAACCCGUGCCCAGGGACCAUAGUUGACACGACCGUCACCAGACCCAUAUGGUAUGACUUCUUCUUGGUGUCGCAGUCUGUGAGGCAGGGAACAGUGACCCCCACCCACUACAACGUGAUCUGGGACACCACCGGACUGAAGCCUGACCACAUGCAGCGCCUGGCCUACAAAAUGUGCCACCUCUACUACAACUGGCCGGGAACCAUCCGAGUCCCUGCUCCCUGCCAGUACGCCCACAAGCUGGCCUUCCUGGUGGGACAGUCCAUUCACAAGGACCCACAUAUGGCUCUGUCUGACCGCCUUUACUUCCUGUAAGCCAAUGGCAGCAACUUGUGAGCCAUAAACCAAACCAAUCAAAGCAGAAGGAUCAGGUGAUCACUGCCAGCCCCGGUACUGGACACUCAAGCCAGUCCAGGCCAGGAAACUACCUCCAGUAACCACAUGUGUUCAUACCAUUUUAUAAGUAGUCAGUAGAUUUUAUAACCAUUGUUUUUAAGGUGAGAAUGAAGUGUUACAUUUAAUGAUGUAUCUGGUGCUUAACAUGAGUUCAUGUACAUGAAAGUUUUGUAGGUAAAUGAGAGAUUUGCUUUUAUACUGGAUGAUGUGGUUGUAUUUUGAAAGCAGCUAGAUUUUAGUAUUUUUUUGUUGUUUUGAGAAAGAAUUGUUGUUUGCGAAAUCAGAUAAUGCCAUAAGUCGCAAAUAAUAGAAACGAUAGUCAUCUGUAAAAUAUUAGAGUUGAAUGAAUCCAAUGGUAGCCAAAAAAAAUAAGAAAAACAGAAAGUUAUUACUGAUAUACAUGAGUCAUCAGUAGCAAAUAAUGAUAAACUAUUAGUCAUUUGUUUAAUACUCUUUUAUAAUGCCAUAUGUUUUUAAAAAAUGUGAGAAUGACAAAGCUUAUUUUUUUUCAGUUAUCAUUAAAACAUUUUGUUUGGUGCAAUUUUUGCAAAAAUGUUAUGUACUGAUAGACUAGAAAACUGUUCAAAUAAAAAGUUAUGAUUAUUA